AUGGUGUACCUGAGAGAGAGCGACUCAGCUGAGUACAACUUCAGGUUCAUUACAAACCAACCAGGAGGGAAAUAUACUUCACCUGGAGUCACUUUGACUGUCACAGAUCUCCAGGUGCAGGUGAGCAGAUUAACUAUCAACCAACAUUAUUCCUGGGCAGAGCUGGAGUGUCACAGCAGCUGUCAUCUAUCUGAUGAUUCUUCCUACAUCUGGUACAAGAAUGAACAGGACAUUUGGGGACAAACAUCUAAUUCUUAUUCAGGCAGCUUUUAUUCUACAGACAGCUAUUCCUGUGCUGUGAAAGGACAUGAGAAGUUCCCCUCUCCUUCACUGUCAGGUCACGCAGGAGUGAUGUACUCUUCUACUCAGAUCUGUGCCUUCAAAGGAUCAACAGUGUUCAUAAGCUGCACCUACAGAUACCCAUCCAGAAUAGAUAACCUUGAUACUACAGUUGACAAAACUUUAUGGUUCACUAAAAUGAAUGGUGAUCAAUAUGUGGAUCUGAAAGAAACCUUAGAGUAUGCAGGUCGUGUUCAGUAUCACUGUGAUAAGAACUACUGCACUCUGACAAUCAGGGACCUGAGAGAGAGCGACUCAGCUGAGUACAAGUUCAGGAAGAAGAGAACUCUGAACUCUACCACUGAACUGAAUGAACCUGUAGAGACUAUAGAGUUGGACUCUUCUCCUGUGUGUGAGAACGUCUCAGACUUGCAGGUCGUCGCUGCAGCAGACAGAAGACACAGAGGAGCAGGAAGACAUGGAUUGAACCAGAGGCUGGACUCCCCUGAUGGAGGCAGAAAGUAG